AUGUUCAAAGUGGGACCAAUUGGAGAGGGAAUUUGUUUGGACGGGAGAUGGGACGAGAAGGGACACACCAUGAUCUCUGCUAUCUUUAUUUCUUUCAACGACUAUCGCAUCAAAUCUAUUCAGUUUAAAUAUCUUCAUAAAGGAGCUCAUGUCGUGUCUAAAAAUCACGGUUCCUCCGUUGGUGACCACUUCGAAAUAGUGAGACUAGAUAACGAUGAGUAUUUGACUGGCUUGAGUGGUGUUGAUUAUAACUCAAGUAUCACGGAUUUGACUUUUCACACUAAUAAGAGGAAACACGGACCGUUUUGUCGAAGAAGUUACGCAAGCGGUAUGAAGGUAAUUGAUGUGGGGAUACGUGAUCGUAGCGAGUUUGGUGGUUUAUUUGGGUCCUUUUGCCAAUAUGGAGGCUAUCUGAAUUCCAUUGGCAUGUAUGUCUCUCCCAUUGCAAGCAAUGGUACAGCCCCCGAGUUUUGUCCAGCUCCUACAACGACAAUCACCACCCAUAACCGGACACUUGAUUGUCAAACCCCGAAGGUCGUCGAUGGUUUUCCUGUCAAGCACAUCCGUCGUUGUAAGCCCAAACUCAAGGACCGGAUACGCUCCAAAUUGGAGAAAGCUAUUUGGUUCCUUCUUGAUCUCUUUGAUUAG